GGAAUUUUGGAUUCGGAAAUUGUAGCUCAACAUCAAACCCUUCAAAACAAAUUACACACAAAGUUCCUUUACCAAAAUUCUUAACAUCGUUUGAAAGAACCAUCUCGUGGACUAUUGAAGAAUCGUGUGACUCAAGCCAGCCUAUAUACACACAAGAUACCCCGUCAAAAUGCCUUAUACACUUUGUGUUCUAGGAUGUGGAACUAUGGGUAUAGCUAUUGUUUCUGGUGUACUUGAAUCCCUACAUCAAGUUGAUUCGAUCACCAAAUCAUCAAGUUCAUCAGGAGAUUCGACUCCGAUUCCAUCUGAAGAUCCUGAUACUAAACCUCAUAGAUUUAUCACUUGUGUCACACGUUCUGAAUCGGCUAAAAAACUUAAGAAACAAUGGCAAAGUCUGGGUCAUGAGGAUGUAGAAGUUCGAAUCAAUGAAAACGUUAAAAGUAUUCAAGAAUCGGAUGUGGUCUUAUUAUCAUGUAAACCUCAAGUCGCACAAGAUAUACUUGCAGCCGAAGGCAUGCGUGAAGCAUGCGCCAAUAAACUUUUCAUCUCUAUUCUCGCGGGCACUACGAUCUCGAUGCUAAAGUCAUGGCUUCCUGAAAGCGCAAGUGUGGUUCGGGCGAUGCCUAACACGCCGUGUCAGAUUCGAGAAGGGAUGACAGUCUUAUCGUCUCUUCCGCCUAAUGAUCCUCAAUCACAUCGAACUCGUAACAUUCUUUUAUCACUCUUCACUCCAAUCGGUCGAUGUAGAUUCCUUGAUGAGAAACAUUUUGAUGCUUGUACCGCUGUUUCGGGUUCUGGGCCGGCCUUUUCCCUGGUCAUUCUCGAAGCAAUUGCUGAUGGAGGAGUGAUGAUGGGUUUACCACGAUCCGAAGCCCUUGAACUAGCAGCUCAAACUAUGCAAGGUGCUGCUCGGAUGGUACUUCAAACAGGUCGACAUCCAGCUGCACUCAAAGAUAGUGUUACCACCCCUGCGGGUUGCACAAUAGCUGGGCUUCUGGCUCUUGAAGACGGAAAAGUCAGGAGUACGAUUGCUCGUGCUAUCCAGACAGCUACUUUACAUGCUAGUGGCUUAGGAAAAUCUGUACCGAAGCCCACAGCUGAUUGAGGACCAAUUCAUAUACUAUAUCAAUUGUUCCUUUAUCAGGCUUAUAGUAUCUUGAUAACUUCAUUGCCUAGAACACCAUAUGGAUUUCAUGAAGUGUAAUUCAAGGAAUGACAGGGAAACUAGCAAGACAUCACCUCCAUUGGUAUUGAUUAUUAAGAUCGUCAGACAAGUGAUGUGAAAUCAUUUUGCCUUGAAAUGACAAAAAACCUAAUAAGCGUAAACUGAACAACAUCCAUAGCAAUCAAAUUCCAUAACUAUUUUUCAGAGAAGACUGAAUGAUCAGAGUCAAUAAAAAUAAUGUUGAAAUGUUCACCCAGAAAACUUGUGACUUUCCAUGUUACUAGGACCAGAAUAGCUCAGCAGCAAUGGAUUUCAUAGUCCUUUCCCUUCUCUCUUUUGUAUGGGUCUCUUACUUGGGACAUGGAUUAUGGCUCAUCACACUUCAAGUAAGAAUCUAACAUUGAGUAUUAUAUUUC